UGUUCCUUGGAGCUCAGCUGAUCAGCCGCAGGAGGAAGGCCGGUUCUUCCAGGGAGCGGAUUGGACGCCCCUGUGCCCCUUUACUCUGGAGUAGGCCCAGCUGAGCUCUGUGGGAGUGGAUCCAAAGGAAGCUCCUGAUUUCGCAGCCCUCUGGGUGUCUACUCGGAAGUAAGUCCCAUGGAUUUCCCUGGGGGUUACUCCCAGAAUUGACAUCCCAUCUUCGGAAAGAUCGCCUGGGGCUUUCGCAGCUCUGUACUGACUCCAAAAUGGAUAUCGGAGGUGGUGGCUGUGGCCGGAUCUCAUAUGAUGACUAUCCCGUGGUGUUUCUGCCUCCCUACGAGAGCCCUCCCACCUGGAUCCCUCCUCAUGAGAGAAUUUACCAUUCGGAUUAUAACAAUGAGCUGACCCAAUUCCUGCCUCGUACCAUUGUGUUGAAAAAACCUCCAGGGGCACAGCUGGGCUUUAAUAUUCGAGGAGGAAAAGCAUCACAACUGGGGAUCUUCAUCUCUAAGGUGAUCCCGGAUUCAGAUGCCCAUCGAGCCGGAUUGCAGGAAGGAGACCAAGUUCUGGCAGUUAAUGACGUCGACUUCCAGGAUAUCGAGCACAGCAAGGCUGUGGAGAUCUUGAAAACUGCUCGGGAGAUCAUUAUGAGAGUCCGAUUCUUCCCAUAUAACUACCAGAGGCAGAAGGAGCGAACGGUUCACUAGAAAUCCCUUCCCAGCUGGCAGCCUUCUCUUUGCAGAGAGUUCACCACCCUCCAGCCAGAUUCUUCUUUCCGUGUUUACUCCCGCUCCAGAGCCUUUUCCUUCGGCAAAUGCCUGCUUGGGGGUGCCGAGGGGGUGUCAUUUGUGACGCAGAAACCUCCCCUUUUUGGCUGGAUUCCAUAGAUCCAAGUACCUCCUGAGAAGGAUGUCUUUAAAGUUUUCUUCCGCUUUGUGCUGUGAAGCAAGAAGCAGUAGGAGCCGGAUGCAGGGCUUCAGCCGGUUCCCUGGUCCCAGGAAAAAUGGAUGUCGGUUUGCAGAUAAAGCUGUUACCUGGUUUCAUUCAUCCCCAGGCCCAGAAGGACAUUCUGUUCCAAUAAUUUGCUACCUUCAUAUCUCUCUGAAAGAGGAGGAACAGAAAGCAUCGGGUCCCAGAGGAGCAAACUGAAUGCUUCUAAGCUGGUCUCCUUUUUGAAUAAGAGACGGGGCUGCGGUGGUGAUUUGGGGCGUAAUCCACUGUAAAUAUCUGCACGAAAGCAUGCUGAAAUGAAGGGGAUUUAUUUCGUCAUUGUGCUAAAGCUGGUGCAAGGGCUGGGGCUUUGAUGUAUGUCUGCCUCUUCUAUAUGAAGGCUCAGGGGCUUAAGAACCUAUGUUGGUUUGCAUGCCAUGGGAUGUGGCUUUAGUAGGAUCAUUAAUAGUUCUCAUUAAAAUGCUGGAAGGAGUUUGCUUUAUACACAAAGCAAGCUCCUGGUUUUCAUGCACAA